AUGGUGCACGCUUCUGUCGGCAAGGUGGAAAAAAUUGAAUUUCAGAUGGAGUGGAGGUAUUUCGUACAUUAUCAUGGGUGGAACAGAAAGAAGUUUAACUUCUUCAUCAUUAUCAUUAACAGUUGGGAUGAAUGGGUAAGCAUUGAUCGUCUGAUGAAACACACUGAAGAAAAUGUGCAAAAACAGCAGGAGCUCAACAAAAGGCAAGACAUAGAGAAGAAUACAAAGCUUGGUCGUGCAUCACAGCCUAAACCAAAAACUUCUGCUGUUUCAAGAGGCAAGAAGCGAAAGAACGAUUCUGUUCUUAAGGAGAAAGGCAAGACACCAUUGGAAAAGCUCGUGAACAUCCAAAUUCCGCCAACCUUAAAGAAACAACUGGUUGAUGAUUGUGAAUUCAUAACUCAUUUGGGCAAGCUUGUCAAACUUCCCCGUACUCCAAAUGUUGUUGAAAUAUUGAAUAAGUAUCACGAUUACCGGAUGAAGAAGGAUGAAAUGUAAGUUCAUGUUCCACUGAUUCUGCCAUUGGCUCAACUGGAUUUUUGGCUGCUCGGGCAUGCUAUUUCUUUUUGGUAUCAUUUGUUUUAAUGCCAACUGUAGCAUUACGAAAAUGCCACUUUUUAAGAAUAUUCUUUGAGGUCAUGACUUCUUAUGCUAAGAGUUGUAUAUGACCAAGAAAUGUAAACUGCAGCUUUACUUGGAUGAAGUGGC